AUGGAAUUCAUUCUUCUCGCAACCCUUAUUUUUGUGCUGUUCUUCCACUGGAUUUACCGCGAGUGUAAGCGGCCAAAAUAUUUUCCUGGAGGACCUCAAUGGCUCCCAAUUAUCGGAAACCUGCAUCUCGUUUACAGCCUUAAAAGGAAGUAUGGCUAUUUGUUUAUUGCUCUUGAAAAACUUUCGGAAAAAUACGGUCCGGUCUACAGCUUAAAACUCGAUCAGAGCCUAAGUGUGGUCAUCACUGAUUACGAAAUCAUGAAAGAUGUACUGACGAGGGAAGAGUUUCAGGGUCGACCAAAUGGAUAUGUGUUUACGAUGAGGACGUUUGGUGAAAAAUUAGGCAUUACUUUUGCUGACGGCCCUGUUUGCAUGUCGCUUCGAAAUUUUACCAUGAAAACUCUGAGGGAUGUUGGCGCCGGAAAAGGAGACAUGCACGUUUUCAUUACUGAAGAGGCCUCGGAGAUGGUGAAGUACUUGAAAAAUCUCACGUCAAUGAAGGUAAAAACAGAAGCAUGAUCAAUAAAAUAUAUGUUGAAUCAAAUACUGUAGAUGGGAAAACCUGUUAACUUGGACUUGCUGUUCAAAUUGUGCGUACUAAACAGCCAGUGGAUGCUUAUUGCUGGGAAACGAUUUGAAUAUGAAGAGGCCAAAUUUGUUCACAUCCUCAACUCUGAAACAUCAUUUUUGAGAAAUAUUGAUGGGGCAGGAGGAAUCAUAAGCCACCUGCCCUGGAUAAGAUUUAUUGCACCUAAUGCGUCGGGUUUCACUGAUUUAAGGAAUGCAAUUAAACCAAUGCAACAGUUUUUUCAGAAAAUAAUUGAUGAACACAAGCAAGAUUUUCAUGAAAACGUACCACAUAACAAUUUAGUUGACCUCUUUCUGGCUGAGAUUCGCAAACAAAAAGAGCCCAGCCAGGUUUUUACUGAAAAGCAGUUAAUGACAACGCUGAUGGAUCUUUUCAUGGCUGGAAUGAUUACUUUAAGCGACGCAAUAGGCAACAUGCUUCACUUUCUGGCUGAGCGGCAGGAUUUGCAAAAAGAACUGCAGGAAGAAAUCGAUCGGGUUAUCGGAAGAAACGUAGCUCCCACCAUGGACUAUUACAACAAGAUGCCGCUGAUGCGUGCUUUUAAUCUCGAAACACUUCGUUUCUCUUCAAUCGUGCCGAUCGGAGUUGCACGCCGAGCCAUGAGAGACACAACAUUGCUACACUACCAAAUUCCAAAGGACACGGUAUUGAUCCCAGUUCUCGAUCAAGUCACUGUCAGGGACGAAGAGCAAUGGGAUGAGCCACAAACAUUCUGCCUAAAUAGAUUCCUAAAUGCAGAUAGGACAGAAGUGCAAAUCGACGAAAGAGCGAGGGUUCCUUUUGGACUUGGGAAAAGAAGGUGCCCCGGAGACUUCAUCGCUUACCACACGAUGUUUGUGUUCAUGGCAAGUAUUUUGCAGAGUUUUACUAUUCUGCCAGACAAAGAAGAGCGAAAGAUGGAUUGGAUCGAAGGAAUCACCCUCACUCCUCCGCCCGCCUUUCACUGGCAAUAUUUGUGCCAGGGAUUGAUUUCAAAUAAUUUUUAUCAUAUUAGGUUGUAAAGAUAUUAGAAGAAGCCUCACAUUAAUUCAUCCAGACGGCAUAAGGAAAUAAUUAAAAAUCCUUGCAUAAAAUAAAUAUGACAAUUAUUAUAUGUUUUGUAUAAAAUCAUUUAUUGUUUUAAAAACAAAUUCCUUUAUAGCUUAAAGACGACGUGCCUGAGUUAGGUCCCAGUUCCAGACCUGAGCUGGAAGAUCUUCCGCGUCAUUGGAGUAAACGGCGCACUGUUUAUACUCGCACACGGUGGCCCUGUAGGCGUAAGUGAGGAGGACGGCAUCGGCAUCAACUGCCACAAAAACGGAGUUGGCAGUGGAUGUGGCGAUGGUGGUAGGACUCCACGUGCCAUCAGCCCUUUGGAACUAAAAAAUGAUUGCCGAAAAUUAGUUUCUAAAAAUUUUGAUAACAAAGUGAUAACACUCACAGCGAAUCCCUCUGUGCCGGCAAUCCUAAUAUUUCUGUCAUAGACGAUAACGUAACGGUCUGGAGAUUCGAAGAAAGAGUCGAUGGGCUAGAAUAGAGACAGAAAA